GAGGAUGCUGGGCAGUGUGACGCUGCGCCCGCGCACGACGCACGCGCGCGAAUCGAACCCAUUCCAAAUUUGAAAAGUGUUUUUUUUUUCGAAGUGCAAAAUAAGAGAUUUCACCAUGAUUCGACAAGCAGUAUGUCUGGUGUUCUGCUUAUUUUCGCUGAGUCACGUAGACUCAGCAAAGCAGCAGGUCCAGCUAUCAGACUCCUACUUACCAGUGGCUAUGCAAGUUAUAGCACACCUUACAGACCAGAUGGCCUUCGAAGUCAAAGACGAAGCCACUCCUAAACCGACUUCGAAACCCACCAACAGACCCACUACUAAACCUACAACAAAGCCUCCCGCUUGGACCACAAAACCGACUUCGAAGCCGACUUCGUGGACGACUUUGAAGCCGACUUCGUGGACGACUUUGAAGCCGACGACUUGGACUACCAGUAGACCGUCGUGGGCUACUAAGCCGACGACCCAGAAGCCGUAUGUGACCUUCAAGCCUUCUAAUAGCUGGUGGACGACUAAGAGGCCAGACAUGACAACAGCCCACCACAAGCCAGGCCUCUACGCCCCAUUCUCCCCCCCAAAACCUCUGACCAGAUACACCUGGCACCCUCAGCAGCAUCGCUUCGUCUUACUCCCGGUGGAAACCCCUGCCCAAUACACCAUCCUUCAACCUCAGGAGACCAGGACCGAAGAGCCUCUUCUAUCCUUCCACCAUGAGCAAAUCAAGCCACUAAUGGAACCAACUCCUGAGUCAGCUCCAUAUUUGCCACCUCAUUACGACGUCAAAAUCUCCAGCCGAUCCGAUGGCUACGUGAUCGAUGAUUUGUCUGAAGAGAACUUGCAAUACCUGUCUGAUGAUGUACGGGAAAUGAUCAAGAUGGCGCAUGACCCUCAUGAUGAUAAGCUGGUGGAUGUGUGGGCUGAGGUCCGGCAAGGCAGUCAGCCGGUGAAGGCCAAGCUAUCGGCUUCGAAUCUGAGGCUGUUGUUGCUGUAUGAUCUUCUGAGCAGGGAUGCGAAGAGACAGCGGCUUUCGGAUUAUAGCGGUUUCUCCCCCGAUGUAAUGAAAGCUCUGGUAGAAUCAUCCAGCGGCGGUGCGCGUGGGCAGCUCAAGAUGGCGCUAUCCAAGAUGGUGGAACGUCACGACUGUGGCCACGAAUACGCUAACAACAGGGCUAAAGAAAUGGUUGAGGAGUUGGGUAAAGAUGAGUCAGGAUUAUCAGCCGCUUUGAGGUACUUGGAACCGCUGGUGUAUAGCUACUAAGUUAACUAAAUCUGUCUUUGUUAUAUUAAAAAUGCUUAAUAUUUUUGAGUUGUAUACAGGCUGUUUGCAGUUAGAGUUGUUUUAUUUUGACAGUUUAGCCGCCAUUUUGGAUUUGCUGUCAUUAUUAAUGUGUUUUAUUUAUUGGUUUGGAAAAGUCAAUAAUAAAAUAUAGCUUGCUGGUAUUUAACUAUUUUAAAUGUAUGUACACUCAAUAAUAUUAUUUUACGAUGAUUAUGGACGUCGUUAGCUUACUUACUGGUGACGUCUAUGGCCGUCUAAAACAUUAAUUUAACAAAGACAGACAGACAUACUUUAUAUUAAUUAAGUUAAUUAGAGUAAUGAGCUGAAUCAUGAAACCCCUAAACAGGUAUAAAGGUGCAUUUAUAUUUAAACGAAAUGAAAUACUUAUUUAUCGUAGUUUUUUUUAUAUUUUUGCAAUACUGAUAAUUAAAUAUUACUUCUAGUGUAAAGCAAGAAGACGUUAAGUAUAGAUACUUACCAAUUUUGAUUGAGAACGGUAUUUUUUGUCAGUUUCACUUAGAUAAAGUAACUUUUUUAGAUUCAGUUAUCUUAAGGUUUAUUUUACUGUAUGAAACAAACUGACAAAACUUUGAUUUACUUUACAAAACUUUUGUUUUCUUUGAUAACAUUAUAAGCAAAUACAGGUCUUAUUUAAGGACAUUUCAAAACUAUAUAUCGAGAGAACAAUUUUAUUAUACAAAAUAUACUUAGAAUUAUUUAUGAAAUAUAAAAAAUACUCAAAAAAAAAGUGAAUUAUAAUAAUAUAAUAAUUAAUGCUUGCCCAUGAAACUAGUUAAGAUAAUAAAAACAAUACUAUGUAUCUAUAGAUAAGAAGUAGGUAAUAUUACCAAAUAAAAAUAUUAAAUUAAA